AUGGACUACACAACUCAACUACCCGUGGAGACCCUCUGCUCGAUUUUUGCGCACGCGAAACGCGCGAUGCCGGCUCCUGGCGCUCAGGAACUCGUGCAUUUCUCUGAGGCCAGAUACGCAUAUCGCGUUAUCGCCCUGGCGUGGAUUCCGGCAGUCACGCACGUCUGUUCCAGAUGGCGCUCUGUGGCGGUCAACGACCCGAGUCUAUGGACGGACGUUCCAGUUGUCCUCGGCUUCGAGUGGCUACGCACGUUCGUCGAACGUAGCAGGAUGGAGACCAUAACACUAGACUGGAAGUCGCUGAAGCACAUCGAAGAGGGACUUUUGCAACACACCUUGAACCGGGAUUGGGUCAUGAAGGAGGUUCUGCCUCGCAUUUCAGGAAGGACGCGCAACUUGAUUGCGAUCUUCGACGAGCACUUCACUCCCCGUCUAUCUUCAUGUUCUUGGCCGAUGCUAGAAGAACUCAGUGUUGUGUGCCACUCUAGCUUCGAAGCUGCCAAUGCCCUGCUCAACCAAGACAUCCCUUGCCUUCGUCGCCUGUGUUGGCAAUGCCGUUCGGAGGACUUUCCGUUUGACGCUCCGAGCCUCAGCUCGCUCACCAAUCUGCGGCUUGAGCUCCCUCGGGGGAGUUAUGACACGUUAAUGGUCCCUCUUAUCGAUUUGUUAUCCCGCAUUACUAGCCUGAAGCAUCUACAACUAUACUCGGUGAAGCGUGGUUUUGAAGCAUGGGGUAGGCAGCCGGGGCCUUGCAGAACAUGCCUCUCGCCACAACGAGUGCAAGAGAUACCAUCCUUGAAGACUCUCUUACUAGAGGCAACAUUUCGCGAAAUCAAUCAUUUCAUAACCCACAUCCAUCCGCCAGCAGGCGUCAAACUUCGACUGAAGGAGAAUGCAUAUGGGAGAGACGGUGUUAGCGCGUCGUCUUCCAUGAAGACGAUCUGCCAUAAUCUGGCUGCCUGGUACUCAGCAUCCCCCGAUACUACUCCCUUCACAACAGUCGAGCUCACGAAUAACUCGACCAUGCAACUGUGCGUGCGUCUGGCUAGAUGUGCAACAUAUCCGACAUUGCUAUCUCAGGAUGCCUGGGAUGAGCACAUCAACGGCAUUCACACUGAUCUUGAGAUCGAGUGUACGGUUGUUGGUGGAUUGGGCCUUGAGAUGCUGGUCACAAUCCUCCAAGUAUUGGGACCGCAGAGUGUCCGUGCUCUUUCCCUCGACGUCGAUCACCGGUUGUUUAGAUCGAUCGCUCGUUGUCUGAGUGCAGACGUCUUUCAUCACGUUGUCGCACUACACUUUCCCCAGAUAGAUGGCGUACACUGCCUCGAAACUGUCAGCAAUAACCUAUUCGUCCCACCCGGGGUGACGCCUUUCCCUUCUCUGAGAGUUAUCUCAUUCCCAACCGCCAAUGUCCGCGACGCUCUUCACUGGAUACUCAACGGGGCGUAUGAGCAGUCCAAGGACACGUUAGAGGAGUUCCUAUCCAGACGUCGCGCAGCCGACAUGUCUAUACGCGCAGUAUACUUAGGGCUCGCGGAUGAAGUCCGGAUGAUCCGUCAGGAAGGAAACCCAGCGACGACGAGUUGCGGGCAACGCUCCGAGGACGGGUGGGACGCCAUCAGGCGCGCAAUCGACAUGCUGGAAGCCAUACCCGAAGUCGUCUUUCUUUCGCGAGGGAUUGAUGCUCUAUACAACGAAGCCGCAUACAACGAAGUCUUGCAACUUGAACGGGCGGUCGUGAAAGCUACGUAG